ACACUUACAAUAUUGUCCAGUGUCCCGCUGGACUGGCGAGUCCGCUAAACGGUGCCGGUUAAAAUAAUGUGCAGCCACUGUGAUUCCAGGUGAAUACGACGAAAAUGAACAAAGGUUCAAGAGAAGAGCUGCUGGGCAGCUCGCAGGAGGCGCUGCGGAACAGCCAGCACGACCUGCGGCAUGUCUUGGAGCGCCCUCUCACUAGGGAGGAGAAGACUUACUUGCUGCACGCGGACCGAGGAGACUACGCCACCGUUAAGAAACUUAUCGACCAGUAUACCGGCAGUCCCGAGCUGUUCGACAUCAACUGCGUGGACCCUCUCAACCGGUCAGCCCUCAUCGCAGCCAUCGAGAACGAGAACAUCGAGCUGAUAAAACUGCUGCUUACAUCGGGGAUCAAAGUCAAGGACGCGCUUCUACACGCUAUAAAAGAGGAGUACGUGGAAGCAGUGGAACUAUUGCUACAGUGGGAAGAGGAGCACCACGUCCCCGGAGAACCUUAUAGCUGGGAGUCCGUGGAGCCUUCAGUAGCUACUUUCACUCCAGAUAUCACCCCUCUCAUCCUCGCAGCACAUCGAAACCACUAUGAGAUCUUAAAGAUCCUGCUGGACAGAGGAGCAACGCUGCCCGUACCUCACGACGUCAAAUGCGGCUGCGACGAGUGUGUCAAGUCUUCCCAGGAGGAUUCCCUCAGGCACUCACAAGCUCGUAUCAACGCAUACCGUGCCCUCACCUCUCCAUCCCUCAUAGCCCUGUCUUCAGCAGACCCGCUGUUGACAGCCUUCCAGCUUUCAUGGGAGCUCAACAGGCUCAGUAGGAUGGAGACAGAGUUUAGAGUUGAAUAUAAGGCCUUAAAACAGCAGUGCCAAGAAUUCGCUACCUCCCUCUUAGACCACACAAGAACGUCCAACGAGCUGGAGAUCAUGCUGAACUACAACCCCUCAGACAUCGACUGCUGGGAGCCGGGGGAACGGCAGACACUUGGCAGACUGAAGCUGGCUAUCCAAUAUAAGCAGAAAAUGUUUGUCGCUCAUCCGAAUGUCCAGCAGUUGCUUGGGGCGAUUUGGUACGAGGGCCUGCCAGGAUUUAAACGAAAAAACAUCGUCGGCCAAGCUGUGCAGGUCGCGAAAUUAGGUGCCAUGUUUCCCAUAUAUUGCACAAUAUACAUGCUGGCGCCAAACUCGGAGUACGGACAAUUUAUGAAGAAACCUUUUGUCAAGUUCAUCUGCCACAGUUCCUCCUACAUGUUGUUUCUAAUGCUCCUCUCCCUCGCUUCGCAACGCGCUGAGUUUUUAGUCCUAGAGUGGUCGGGCAUCAGCUGGCUGCAAGAACUGGUGGAAUACUGGAAGGAGCACGAGCGAGGGGCCCUGCCUGGCCUCAUCGAGUUUACAGUAAUCGUCUACAUAGCCAGUUUAAUAUGGGCAGAAUUAAGAUCCCUCUGGACAGGCGGCAUUUUGGAGUAUAUCAGCGACUUGUGGAACAUAGUUGAUUUCAUUACUAACAUGUUCUAUAUCGCUUGGAUCAGUUUGCGGGUCUCCUCUUGGUAUAUUGUCCAGAGGGACUACAAAAAUGGCCUAGACCCCUGGUACCCCCGCGAGCGCUGGGACUCCUUUGACCCCAUGCUGCUCUCAGAAGGUGCCUUCGCCGCUGGCAUGAUCUUCUCCUACCUCAAGCUGGUUCACAUCUUCUCCAUCAACCCUCAUCUCGGUCCACUUCAAGUGUCACUAGGAAGAAUGAUUCUGGAUAUCAUCAAGUUCUUCUUCGUUUAUAUGCUGGUGCUAUUUGCUUUUGGAUGUGGUCUCAAUCAACUUAUGUGGUACUACGCUGAACUGGAGAAAAACAAAUGCUACCACACUCCCAACGGUAUAGCAGACUUUGAUAACCAGGAACGAGCCUGCACUAUAUGGAGACGAUACGCUAAUCUUUUCGAAACCUCUCAGUCCCUCUUCUGGGCUUCCUUCGGCCUCGUGGACCUGACCACCUUUGAGCUGACCGGCAUCAAGAGCUUCACCCGUUUUUGGGCAUUGCUGACCUUCGGCUCGUACUCCGUGAUUAACAUAAUUGUGCUGCUGAACAUGCUCAUCGCCAUGAUGUCAAACUCUUAUCAGAUCAUCUCUGAACGAUCAGAUGUGGAAUGGAAAUUUGCACGCAGCAACCUCUGGAUGUCGUAUUUCGAAGACGGUGAUACAGUCCCCCCUCCAUUUAACAUCAUUCCCACCCCCAAGCACUUUUCCGGUUGGAUCAAAAACUGUUGUGAUAAUAAAAACAUGGGGUCUAUUAUCAACAAAUCACGCGAGAAAGCGCGCCAACAGCACGAGUCCGUCAUGCGCGUGCUCGUGCGCCGCUACGUCACCGCUGAGCAGCGCGCGCGUGACGAAACUGGCGUCACCGAGGACGACGUCAUGGAGAUCCGACAGGACAUCUCCACGCUACGCUACGAGCUCAUCGACAUCCUGCACAACAACGGCAUGAAGACACCCAGGAUUACCAUGCAGGACGCCACUGUGGCUGGUAAGAAAGGCAAAGUCAUGGAGCGGCGAAUUCUUAAAGAUUUCCAAAUCGGUAUAGUGGAAGGUAUCAUCAAGGAUGUGCUGUCAGCCAAGGACAAUAAGCCUAAAGACGUGUUCAGCCAAAUCGCUAAAGCCAUUGGAAGGAGAGGCAGCACUGAUAGCAAGAAGCGCGACUGGAACGCCCUAGUGCGCACCAACACGGGCAAGCGCGAUCCUAUCGGUACAACCGAAGAGGCCAUGACUCGUCGUAGCCGCCAGUCGCUGCGCGCUCACAUCCUCGACAACGUGCAGGCUAGGACCAUGGAUCCAGAGAAGCUCCUGGAAUACAACCCGAAGCUGUCAGGCGUCACGCCCACAACGCGCGUGGCGUACGCGAAGUUUAUGAGGAACAAGAUCAAGGCCGAUUUCACCGCGAGGAACGAAGGGCGCGAGUCCGAGACAGACGAAGGUUUGGUAGACGAGGUAUUUGAAUCACCGAAGAAAGACCCGGUGCGGCGAAGCGCUCGAUCGUUCCGAAGCAGUCCGAUUCCAGAAAUUUCAGAUGACGAAGGAUUAAAAGACAAUGAAAUGAAAGUAGCAGCUGACAUUGAGACCGAAACCAAAGAAUCGGAAGGCGGCUCUGAACAAACGAGGCCUCUCAAAUCGUCCUCUCAAGAGCCUUCAGAACCCUGUACUCCAGACUUCGACCCUGUCAGCAACAAGCGACUGCCAUCGCCAGCACAGCUUGACACAAAGAAAGACCACGUUAUCCAAAUAGAUGAACCUGAAUCACCAUCUAAAAGCCUCUUCAUCACUAAAGAAGAAGAUAAAGCUCUAGAAAAACCUAUCACGCCGACACCGAGCGUGCGCUCACAAGAGCAAAUUCUAUCUGCUGCGACACUCGAAGGUCAACAUCAAGAUGGAACUUCCAGGGUAACACCUACCCCUGAACCACAAGUCAGUAUGGUAACUGAGACAUCAAAGGAAAAAUCUAGGUCUUCCUUAACAAGUCCAAGAUCUUCCAGAGUCAGUCCUUCGCUAACUCCGUCACCGUCGCCUUCCAUGAUGAAAACUGACAAAGGAAAAUCGAAGAUCACGGGCAAAAUUGUGUCCGGUUGGCUUUAGUUCUUAGGUUAUUACUAGUGACGUAUUAGUGAGAAAUGCCUUAUUGACAUAGCAAUAAUUAGAUUUAAGUAUUGAAAGUAUUGUGUGUAAUGCACUCGAAUCGAAUUUAGAUAUAUAUGUAUAGUUGCAAUUGCAAUUAAACUUUGCCGCUUUGAAAAUUGCGGUAUUAAUUCCAAAUAAAAUGUAUGGAUUUUACAUGAAAUCUAGAAAAUCGCCAAAUUUAUGUAUAAUGUCAAUAAACAAUUAUUCAAUUUGAUUACGUAGCGUUUAUUUAGGCUGACUACAUAGUACUUUCAACUAUCCCGAUCAAUUUAUAGAAUUAUUAGAAUUAAACACUUAAGUAAAAGUUAAGUUUACUACUACUACCGACAAUAUCAAUUAAACAUAUCUUAUAAUUGUUAAUAAUUCUACAAAAAAACUACUUACAGCUGAAAUACCUAUGUAUACGCUCUUAAUAUUACCAUUAAAAGUUAAAGAAGGAAGGUAGGAAUUGUGAUAAGGAAAAGACGUGAGUUCAUAAGGCAAAAGUCACUUUAUGAACUAUGGGUAUAAUAUCCGUUGAAUAUCUCCAAUUUCAUCAAAUACCGGUCAAAAACUUUUUAUUAUGAGUUAAAGUUUAUACUAUAUCCUGUAGACAUCAAAAAAUAAGCUUAAUUUUCUGAUUUGAACAUUACUUUGUUUCUACUUUUUUACUUCUUAAAAUUCCCAGAAAAAUGUACCCAAAUCGUAACAUAUUGUAAUAGCGCCAGUUUUCCCAUAUCUUUUUAACGCAAGUAUAAGUUCAUUAAAAUGCAGCUGAGAGAAUUCUGAAUGUAAUUUAAACCCAAUUUCGUUGUACAUAACUCUGUAAUAUCUAUAAAAUAAAACAACAUUUUGGAUAUCAAACUCGAUUUAGAGGGUAAAAAUCGCAGGGUCAGUUUCCAUAUUUUAUUGUAAGUAUAUCUAGAAAAAUACCUUCCAUUUGUGACAAAUUAAUAUAUACGUAUAUGUUGAGGGCCUGUGUCUGGGCUAAUGGGUAGCGAACCUGCCAAUGAAGCCGAUGGUUCCAGGUUAAAAUCCUGAUAUUAUCCAUUUAUUUGUGUGAUGAGCACGAGUAUUUGUGCCUGAGUUAUGGGCUAUGUAUUUAAGUAUUUAUAUAUUAUAUAUAUCGUUGUCUAAGUACACACAACACGCCUUAUUGAGCUUACUGUGGGAUAUAGUCAAUUUGUGUAGUUUUGUACCUCAGCUACCCGGGAAGCGCGUUUUCACACUGUCCGGUCCGAUAUCGGAAAUCGGAUAGCACUGAUAGCAGUAAAAUGUAUUUCAUUUAAGAAAUCUGUAUAAAAAAUAAUAAUUAAAAAGGUGGACACAUGCCUCGGGGCACUCUCUAGCAUCUGUUUUUCGCAUAGAGGCCACCCGACGUCCGAUAUCGGAUUUGCAUUUCCGAUAAUUUUAGACAUCUGGGCGGCCGUCGGACCGAUCAUUUUUGUUUGUAUACGUAUAUGUGGGCUGUAGGUGUACACCCCGCGGCCCGACAUUAUGUAUGUAGGACUAUUUAUACUCUAUCCAUGUUAACAAGCUAGACCAAAGGCCGACCGCGAAAACCGAAAUUCGCAAAUUGCGGGGAUCUUUCUGUUUUACUCUUACUGAGACGUAAUUGAAUGACACAGAAAAAUGCCCCCAAUUGAUGAACUUCGAUUUUCGCGGUUAUAGCCCAGAAAACUCAGACAGCACGUAAUUGGUGAGCGACAAAGGCGAUGCAAGUGGAACGGGUGAGUUUACAUGACAGCAGAGGCGACGCUAGGCGUGGGCGACGUGGGCCACCGCCUACGGCCUCGCGGUCUGAGGGACUCCGAGCCUCAACCUACAUAUAACUGGCUUGAAGAUCUUGACGCCAAACGUCAGCUCCGAAAAACUCGGCCCAAGCCCUCCUACAACUAUACAUACAACUCAUCUGGACAGCUCUACUGUGCUCCGUGCAGCCGAACUUUCAGAACUAAAUUUGGAUUUGCAAGUCACGCUCGCGCCCAUGCGCGUAAUAGUUAAUAAAUGAUAUUUAAAAACAAUAUUAAUAAAAAUAAAAAUAACUUGUCAGGAUGUCGCCGUCGACGGAUACGUCUGGGAGGACAUCAUCAUCAUAACUGGGUGUUAUUUCUUGCGCCAGCAGAGGGCCUCGCUAAAUGUACCGUGCCCAUACCAGAUUUUGGUCUUGCCCCGCCACUGCAUGACAGUCCUCUGUCUUUUGUACGGUGCGGACGCAUUAUAGUGCUCUUCUUUACAUAGUGCCUUUAAUAUCGGUGUAUCGGUGAAGCUUGUGUCGUUAUAGUGCCUUAUCGGAUCGGAAAAUGUGAAACGAUCUAAUAAGGCGAAAAAUGUAAACAUCUUUACGUCGACUGUGAGACGAACAAACAUUUACUCUGCCACAAAACAAUUAAAUACAAGGUGUAACAAAAAUAGUGGAAAUCCGUUUAAGGGCAUAUUUGGUAUUGUAUUCUCAUUAUAAAAGUGUUUUGUCGCGAAUAAUGAUUGGCCGACUUAGACAGACCUGCCCUAUAGUUUUUUUUCUCGUCAAAAAAAUUUUCUUCUACAUUUUCCUAAUAUGCCUUUAAAUGGAUCUCCACUCUUUUGCUACAGCUUGUAUUUUAUUGCCUUUUAUUAAGAAAACAUACAUUAUGUGCUUAUUUAUUUUAUAACUGAUACAGAGCCACAAUAUUUAUAUUUUAUUGAGUUUGUUAAUAUAAUAAUUUAAUGAUAAGAGUUACUCUAAGUGAAUGAAAUAAAACAUUUGUUUUAUGUUUGCCA